AUGGCCUGAACAAAACGACCAGAGUAGAAAACAUCUGUGUAACUGUAAAACUCUUUGGGGAAGUAGAGUCUCCUCCCAUUUUAGGAAGUUAACUGUUUCAAACUAUUCAUGUGUCUGAGUCUGACGAUCCAAGUUAGAGUCGCUGAUGCACAAACUGUCAAAACAAAUUAAAGUCAGGAUCCUGAGGACUGAGCACAAUGAGCCACAGUGAAGAUAUUUAUGAAAACCAAAGAGUGACAGACAAGAGGAUGACUGACAGCCAGAGAACAGGUGAACGAGCAGAGUCCAACACGGGGUCAAAGGUCAGAUCAGAGAGAGUGGCCCUGCUGCUUCUCAGUGCUCUGCUGGCAGCUGCUGCCGUUGUUAUUUACCGUCUCUCUUUUGCACAUUUUCAAACCAAUAAAAAUCUGCAAAUAUUGAAGGAUGAAAAUGAAGCAUUGAGGGAAAAUCUGACAGAGAAACUGUCUGAAUUAAGCUCCUGCACCUCAGAACAGCUGAUCAGACCCAAACCUGCUGAAGCCAAAACCACUGGACUAUGUCCAACGUGUGAACUAGACUGGGAUCAACAUGGAGGAAGCUGUUUUUAUUUCUCCUCCAAUAAACUGACCUGGAACCAGAGCAGAAGUGACUGUAAAGGUCGAGGAGCAGAUCUGGUCCAGAUAAACAGUAAAGAGGAGCAGAGGUUCCUGGAAAACAAAGUGGGAGAAAAAAUGACUUCUUAUAAUGACAUGUUCUGGAUCGGACUGACAGACUCAAAGGAAGAAGGCAGAUGGUUGUGGGUGGACGACUCACCUCUGAACACAAGUUUGUCCUUUUGGUGCAAAGCUGAACCAGACAACUGGACUGAAGAAAAUCCUGCUGGAGAGGACUGUGCUAGGAUGGGAUUGAUAAACCAAGAAUACCCGUGUUGGUGGGAUAGAUCCUGUGAUUUACCUCAAAGAAGCAUCUGUGAGAAAGCAGCUAAAACUGGAUGACUCAUCUGUGUUUGAAUCCAGUCAAAGACCAGUCCUCAGGUCAAAACAAACAAAGUGUGAAGUUUGAUCGUUAGAUAUUUUACAUUUUUAACACGUCUUCAGGCAGAUCUCUGCUCUAAAUCAUUUUAAAAUUGAAGUGAUUAAAAGUGCUUUGAUCUUAUUAAAACAUCAUA